UGCUUAAAAAAGCAAUAUUAGUGACAGCUGACAGCAGGCGAGCACACACAAGAGGUGAGGGAGGACAGAAACCUCCACUUGGUGCAGUCAGAGGACAUUUGUUUCAGAAGCUUCAAAACUACACUCAGCUGCUGGGAGGCUGAGUGAGCUGUGGAGGAGCAUCAGGUGCAAGAAGCCAAGAGCCCUCAACCUUUAGCCUCGGCGUCCCAGGUGGAGUUGUGAUUUGUUGACAUGGCAGAGGGCGACGUGGGAGUCUGCCCCCAAGUGUUUGUGGUGGACAGUCAUCCAAACUUUGUCUCCAUGCCCAGGAAGAGGGACCCACUGUGGGGUAGAGUAGGCCAAAGGUUUCUCCUCCUGCUGGUGGCUCUGACCGUGUUGGGACUUGUUCUGCAGGGGUUUUUCAUCUACACACUGCACAAGAAAACAGAGGCCCUCAGUGACUCUCAUCAUUUCUACUUGAACUGGUCCAAUCCUAAAACAUCUGGCCAGCAGAUUGCCAACUUAAUGAGUCAAGUGGGAUCUAAAGAGAUCAAUGAGAUCGCCAUAGUGCGACCACAACCACAACAGAUCCAGGAAAGGCCGUUCGCUCAUCUCAUGGGCUCCAAUAGUCCUGUCGGGGAAAACAAUGUGGUGCAGUGGAUACACAACAGUGGUGAUGCCGUUACACACAAUAUGGGCUACGACAAAGGUCAACUGUUGGUCGAGAAGGAAGGUUACUACUACCUGUACUCCAAAGUGCAACUGAACGCGGCAGUGGAGUGUUCCCUUAUCCUGCACAAAGUCAUGAAAAACACAAGUGCCUACGGUCAAUCGUUAGAACUGAUGAGAUCAAAAAGUUUCCGCUGCCGGCAACCAAAACCGACAAGUAAGACAUCAGCCGGGGAGAACAUGUGGAACAGCUUCCUUGCUGGGAUUUUCCACCUGCAGAGUGGGGAUACAAUAUUUGUCACAUUGGAGAAUAUACAGCGAAUGCGACCAGGACCUGCGGACAACUUCAUGGGGGCCUUUAUGAUAUUUCCUUAGGAAAAAAAUAAUGAAAUGUGUGAUCAGACUCUACAUGUGUGUCUGGGUUUGUGUUCAUUUACACACAAUGCUAUGAUCAUUUUAUUUUUAUAUAUAUCUAAUAUAUGCAAUGUACAGUAAACAUGGUGUGACACAUCGUAAAAAGAAAGAAAGAAAGAAAAAAGAGAAAAGUAUCUGAUAUUCAGAUCAUA